AGAUAGUUGCCCGGCCAACCACAGAUUCACCAUUGGAUGGCACGAAACUCUUGGCCACGCAAGCUUAAACGGUUUAUUCCAAGGAACUUGACGCAAUCGAUAAAUUAUUGCAGAUACUUUCCGCAAAGGGCCUGCAUAUCUAUCUACUUUAUAGAUUGAAAGACUCCUUACGUGUUUGUGAAUGUAUCCCAUAUCUAUAUUGUAGUUAGUCUUAAAUUUCUCAUUCCUUAUACCCAUGGCGCAUGACGAGGUGGAAUCGGACGGCCACCGGCGUAGGGAUUCCGAUGCGCAUCAUAAACGACAUAAGAAACGGAGAUCCAGAGAGCAUGGCUCAAAGAGGCCUACAUCGGGUCCGGAGGAGACAUCACGGGGUACGGCUCGAAGGCUUUCUAUGGGCGCGCUUGCUCAAUUGAAUGAGUAUAAUUCCCUCGAGCCUGCGGAGGAACCGCCGAAAGAACGGGAGCGUAAACCGAAAAGAGACCGACCCCGACGAGAAGAGUAUAAGGCUGUUGAUGUUGAAUACGAGUCACCUAGGAGAGCGCGGCGCUCGAGGGGCGACCAUGCGCAUUCCGAAGGAGAGUAUGAAUCACCUAGAAGGGAACGACGGCGGACAAGAGAAUACCGAGACGGGGAAAGAGUUCGCGAAAGAGGAUACGAAUCUCAGGAUGUAGAGGAUCGACGGCAUAGGCGACGACAUCGCAACAUAGAUACUGGGGACGAAGAGGUUAUACUAAGAGACAAAGAACGAAGACAUCACAAAAAGGACCGAAGAGUAGUCAGCGGAGCUAUCGUAGAGGAGGGGAGGGCGACCUCAAGAAUGAGGGGCGGCGCCGCGAGUAAACACAGUAGUUAUGAUAGCUAUGACAGUAUCGCAAAGGAGAAAGCGGGCAUGCAAUGGAACAUACCAGGAACCGUCAGAAAGAAGAAACGAUGGAUCAUAGCAGGCGUCGCGCUUGUGAUACUCAUCAUCAUCAUAGUGGUAGCGGUCGUCGUGAGCAAGAAGAACCAGGCCAACGACUCUGGCUCGCAUAACUCCAGUCUCGACGAUAUCUCACAAAAUAGCGUCCCCCCAGCUGCUCGGGGGACUUAUCUGGACCCAUUUACAUGGUACGACACGACAGACCUUAACGUAACCUAUACCAACGAAACAGUGGGUGACCUGCCGGUUAUGGGGCUUUUCAUGGAUUGGGACGACUCCAAGUCUGCCAACGACAAGGUCCCCGCUAUUGAGAAGUCCUGGGGCGACUACGCAAAAACACCAGCACGCGGUGUUAAUCUAGGUGGCUGGCUCUCGAUUGAGCCCUUUAUUACGCCUUCGCUAUUCAACUAUGACAGCAGAUUGGGCAUCAUUGACGAAUGGACUCUAUGCAAGCAUCUCGGUCCCAAAACAGCAGCUUCAACUCUUGAAAAGCACUACGCCACAUUUGUUACGGAACAGACCUUCCAGGAGAUACAGGCCGCAGGGUUAGAUCACGUCCGAAUCCCCUACAGCUACUGGGCCGUGCAGACGUACGACGACGACCCAUAUGUCUUCCGCACCUCGUGGCGUUAUCUCCUGCGCGCGAUCGAGUGGGCGCGUAAGUACGGGCUACGAGUGAACUUGGACCUUCACGGCUUACCAGGAAGUCAGAAUGGCUGGAAUCACAGUGGAAGACAAGGCGUAGUCAAUUGGCUCAACGGCACCGACGGGGACCUAAAUUCACAGCGAUCACUCGACGUGCACGAUCGUCUAACUAAGUUCUUCGCGCAGGACCGCUACAAGAACAUCAUCACGUUCUACGGCCUAGCGAACGAGCCGCGCAUGGUGUCCCUUCCUGCAGACGCCGUUAUCUCCUGGACAUCGGAGGCGUACAACCUCGCACGCAAGAACGGCAUACAAGCCAACGUUGUGUUCGGAGAUGGCUUCAUGGGACUAGGCAACUGGCAGGGCAAGCUAACGGGUAUGAACGGGCUGGUGCUUGACGUGCACCAGUAUGUCAUCUUCAACAACGACCAGAUCGUCUACACGCAUCAAAAGAAGGUGCAGUACGCCUGCGACGGGUGGACGCAGCAGACGCAGCAGAGCAUGGACACAUCCACCGGCUUCGGCCCCACCAUGUUCGCCGAGUGGUCGCAGGCCGACACUGACUGCGCCAAGUACCUGACCAACGUGGGCUGGGGCAACCGAUGGACGGGCACGUACGACUCGGGCAACGCGUCGACCGAGGCCCUAACGCCGAAGUGCCCAACUCAAGACACCUCGUGCACGUGCGACGAUGCCAACGCCGACCCGGGUUCCUACUCGGCUUCGUACAAGAAAUUCCUCAAGAUGUUCGCCGAGGCCCAGAUGACUAGCUUCGAGAAAGGCUACGGCUGGUGGUACUGGACUUGGGACACUGAGAGCGCGCCUCAGUGGAGCUACAAGAAGGGCCUCGCUGCCGGCAUCCUGCCCGACAAGGCGUAUGAUAAGGACUUCAACUGCGAUGCAGACGUGCCCGACUUCUCGGAUCUAAGUGAGAGUUUUUGAUUGCUGAUCGCAGUCAAAUUUAGGUUAGGUAUAUCAUUUGUUCUGCUCGGGGUUUGCUUUUUUUUCACUGUUUGUUUGAUUUGCGUGGGGGUUGGCGUCUGGGGAGGCUGGACCGGUGUGUUUUAGGGCUCGGCAUCUCAACCGUCUGCCUACCUAGGUAAUCUCCAUGCAUCUCUACACAUUUUUUUGUGGAAUGGCAAAUUAAGCUAAGGUCGAGUAAUCUAAUAGACAAGCGGCUUACCAAUGACAACAGCUUACCAAUGCCUCCUAGCGAUGCAAAGGAGAUCCGAGCACGUUAUGCUGUCAGGCCGGGUUUCACAAACGGGUUAAAAGGGGGGGGAGAGAAUGGCGUACAGAAGCCGAGAAGGAAGGAUUAGCCGCGGGUAUCCCGCAUCCGGUGGCGUUUCUUUCGGCUCCUAGAGAAGCCGGAGCGCAAACAUUAUCUCGUGCGCAUAAGAUUAGUUGUAACUAUGAGCGUUUUGCAUAUACGCAUUGGCAGGCGGGCUGAUUUUAUUGAUAUAUAUAUUGGAUAUGGUACAUGAAGUAGGGAAGAGG